CCCAUUGGUCAAAGCAAAGAUUGCCUUGAUGUGUUUACAGUCUCGUCAAAACAGAACAUUUUCAUAGGAACAAAUACUUAGGUUUUAUUUCAUUAUGGAUAAUUUAAAACAGCAAGUUAUGAUUAAUCAGUUUGUACAUGCAGCUGGAUGUCACGCAGAACAAGCCAAGCAGUUUUUACAAGCAGCACAAUGGCAUUUUGAGGCAGCAUUAAGUAUGUUCUUUCAAGAGUCUACUGUACCCAGUAUGUGUAGAACAUGUAACAGAAGUCACACGAAUGGCAAUUACCCGUUGUGCACACCAGCAAAUACACCUGCUACUCCGCCCAAUUUUCCUGAUGCUUUGGCAGCACUUGCCAAACUUACAACAGGAGACAAAGUAUUUGGGGGCUCCCCCCACCCUCAUUCUAGUUUCUCAUAUCCCUCCCCUACACAACAAGCUCAGCCAGGAAUGGCUCACUCACCAAAUAGCAUGCACAUGCAAAUAGAGGCCAACAGUAGAUAAAUCUGUUGAGAACUCUCCAUAUUUAAGUUUCGGCAGCUUUUGGAGAAACAUCGUUUAAAUAGCCAAGGACUACCUGCCGAUGUUUAGAUUAUUUUGGAAAAAAAAAAAAAAGAAUUAUUCUCACUCUUCAUUGAAUAUUUGCACAAAUUCUAGUGUUAUGCGGUGUUGCAAGACAUUUUGAAAUGUUCAGGGAUUGGAGUUUACUGACAUGGAAAAAAAACACAAGGCUUAGGAUUUCUAUAGAUGUUUCUUUCAAUUUUUUUUUAUUUUUUUUUGUCACAGAGUGACUUAGUUUUACAAUAUUUUAUUUCUUUAAAAAAAUAGUUGAACAAUUGUGUGUCAUUUAUGAUGCAGAGAUGAAAUACACUAUGAAUAGCAGCAAAAACCAAGUUUAUGUAGUGCUACAGUUUAUUGGCCCGUGCUUAAAAUGAUAAAAAAAAAAAUUAUUUGUCAACAUUUUGUUAAAGGUUUCUUUUAUUCUCAAAACUUUGUAUAGAAUUACAUCUGUGAGUGGAUCAUUUUUCUAUCAAAGUUAUAAAUGUAAGAAUAAGUUCUUAAUUAAAACUGACUCAUCUUGUGCAAGUGUGAGUGUAACUGACUGAUCACAUUUUAAACGUGAUUGCUAAGGCCUCUGUGUUCAAAUGAUUUCCCCUGUUUCUAAAAAAAGAAAAAAUAAAUAAACAAUCCAUUUUACUUUUUUUUUUAGCUGGGCAAAUAUUCCUUGUAGUGUACAUUUGAUGUUUCAACAAAUAUUUUUUUUUGUGUGUUAAAGAUUGUUUUAAGAUUUAUUUCUGACAUGGGUCUGUGAUUUUUUUUUUCGACUGUCAUAUAAAUUAUUUGUACCAGUGGCAAAUGGUUGAAUUAAUCUGGCACCAUUAAACAUUGUUGUACUAAUGUACCAGCUGAGUGUGAUGAGGUAUGUAGACGUUUUCCUUUGUUGUCAAUUCUCUCUUCUAAGAAAAGAAAUGGUGUGCAUUGUUUGCAAUCCUAUGAACUAUUGUGUCAGAUUUGAAUGAAUAUCUGUGUUGCAUGAUUACAACUAUAAAUGAAACUUUCAUCCCAACCCAAGGUAUGGUCUGAGGUAUUUUCGUGACGUACUAUAUUGUUUAAACAACAAAUGAAAGCAUAUCAUUGGUUUGUAAUAUCUUCAGGUCAAGUGUGUUCUCUACAUAUUUAUAUUCUGCAGCCCGCACAUAGUACACACACCUAUAGUUAGAUGAAUAAUUUGUAUUCACAGACAUUAGUGUUCAUUUUUAUUUUUAAAAAAAAAAGCAUUCUCAUGUUCCAUUAUAUGGCUCUUAUGUUGUACAAAUUCUGAGAGGAACAUUGGAGUACUUAAUAUUAGUGCAUAGUAUGUUUUGGAACCAUUCAAUGUCAGAAUACAGCACUACCGGUACUAGUGUCACAUAUAAAGUUCUGAUAUUCUUUCAACCAUACUUUAUUUCAUUAAUAGUUCUUGGGUUAAGAGCUGAGAAUUGUUUUUAUAUAUAAACUUCAUGUUGUUAUUAAAACAUAACAUUGACUACGAGUUGCAUCAUCUCUCACAAAGCUUACAGUGUAGUAUAACUAGACUCUGGGUUUUGAAGACUAGUCUGCACUUCUCAUUCUCGCAUUUUCUUUUCAGGAUGUUCCCAUUCACAACAACUUGAUUCAUAGUAAUAUUUUGUUUGUGUACAUGACACCUUUCACUGAUACAUUUGACUUUUUUUUUUUUUCGCCUGUUAAAUUUGUAAAGUUAAAAAAAAAAUGCCAAGUUGUCUGUACAUAGAAAUGGUUUUCUUGUGUUUCAGGGUUGGUGAGAUAGAAAUGUUUUACUUUCUCCCUAAGUAAGAAAUUUCAAUAUAUAAUAUUAUCUAAGUUUUUUUGUGUUUUUUUCCUAGGUUUUCUUAAUUCAUUCUAAUGGCCACUUCUUGUUACUGAAUUGAUAUGUAGAUUUUGUCUUUUUCAUAUAUUUUGUGGAUUUUUUUUUUUAUUGUGUUGAUUUUUUUUAAUGUAAAAAUGACCUCAUUACAUCAAGUGUGUAUGUGUGUGUAUACCUUGCUGCCUAUAUGUUUCUGUAUGUGAAUUUUUAAUGUUUUAUGAAGUAAAUAAACAAUCAUAUUUAUACUUCCA